AUGACGGUUUUUAUUGGUAUCUAUAAAGCGAUUUAUAGCUACGAACCACAAACCCCAGAAGAAUUGGCUCUUCAAGAGGAUGAUUUUUUGUAUUUGUUAGAAAAAUCCGAGGUGGAUGACUGGUGGACUGUAAAGAAGAGGGUCAUAGGUUCAGAUGCUGAGGAACCAAGUGGUUUGGUACCUUCAAAUUAUAUAGAGACUGCACCUGUCAUUUCAAAAGUUAAAGCCAGCUAUGAUUACGAACAAGUUCAAAAUCCUGAUGAAGAACUGACCUUUCAUGAAAAUGACAUUUUUGAGGUCUAUGAUGAUAAGGAUCAAGAUUGGCUACUGGUUAAAUCACUGUCUACAAAUGAAUUUGGGUUUGUUCCAGGUAACUAUGUCGAGCCAUAUACCGAAGGAGCAAUGGCAACAUCGGGCCCAAUUACAGCUAAUUUGCCCACAGCACAACCAACGACAGCUACCUCCAAUGUUGGGGCCGCCACUUUCAUGCCUCCUCCUCAACGUGCAGAUAGGGCUGAAUAUGAAAAGAUGGUAUCAGAAUCUAAAGCCGAACAAACAAUGGAUAGAGAAGAGGCUCCUAAAGAUAAUGAAGUAGAAGAAGAAGAAGAAGAAGAAGAAGAGGAAGCGCCACCUGAAAUGCCUGCUAGGCCAACGUCACAAAUGGAGGAACGUAAGAUCUCUAGAGAUAGAACACGCUCUAGACAAUCAUUUGAUGAUUAUAGCGAAUCAGAAAGAAAUCAUAAUAGAAGUAACGAUAGAGCCAAUAAUAGAAGAUCUGGUUAUAAUAUGGAUGAUUCGCACGAAACUUAUCACUCACAGUACCGCUCUUGGAAUGUGCAAGAAAUUGAAGGCCGUAAAAAGCGUAAAGCAAAAAUUGCCAUAGGUAGUAACAGAAUCACUUUUAUCCCAUCUAAAGGUGCACCAGAGGAAUGGACAAUUGACAAAUUAGUCUCUUACGAUAAUGAAAAAAAGCAUGUCUUCUUAGAGUUUAUUGAUCCUUAUAAGAAUUUGGAAAUACACACCGGUAAUAAUGAAACCUCAGCUGAAAUCAUGUCUGUAUUAGGUGAAUUCAAAGGCGCUUCCCGUGGGAAUGGACUACGUGAAGUGGAACUAGCUUCCAGAAUGAGGAAGCAAGGAAGAAUAUUGUACGACUUUAUUGCCGAGUCUGUCGAUGAAUUAUCCGUCCGAGAAGGUGAGCUUGUGUAUAUUAUCAACGACAAAAAGUCAAAGGAUUGGUGGAUGUGUGAGUCGGUUGACUCUGGUAAGAAAGGUGUUGUUCCAGCCCAAUUUGUGGAUCAAGUUCAGGGAAAGUCGUCAUCUUCAGGUGGCUUCUUAAAUUCCAUCAAGAAAAUGACAAAGGGAAAGUCUGGCGCAUCUGAUGAUUGGAAGGGUGAUGGCCAUCAAGAAAUGUCGAGUCCAAAGAAAAGCAGACAUAGGCUGGGUUCUUUAUCUUCUAGACGAAAGAGAUCCUCUUCUACAGGAAAUGUUAAUAACCAUAGCGAUUCAUCCAAGAAAGACUUCCCAGAUCCAAAGAAAUCUCGUUUAUGGGUAGAUAGAUCGGGCACUUUCAAGGUGGAUGCCCAAUUUAUUGGGUGUGCCGAGGGUAAAAUUCAUUUACAUAAAGCAAACGGUGUCAAGAUUGCUGUCGGUGCUGAUAAAUUGUCUGAAGAUGACUUAAUAUACGUUGAACAAAUAACUGGUUUUAGCUUAGAUAAAUUCAAACCCAAGAAAGCCGAAUCUAGAAAUGCUAGAGAUAGUGAAAGAGAAAGAAGAAGAAGAUUAAGAGAACAAGAAGAAAAAGAGCGUGAUAGAAGAUUAAGAGAAAGAGAAAUCUCAGAAUUGAAGAAAGCCAGACAGUUACUAGAUGAAGAAAGAUCUAAAUUACAGGCAGAAAAGGAAUUGCCUCCUAUUAAACCUCCAAGACCACAAGCUUCCAUAUCUUCUCAAAAUGUCAAAUCAAAGAAGACUGAAUACGACUGGUUUGAAUUUUUCUUGAACUGUGGUGUUGAUGUCAGCAAUUGUCAAAGAUAUACCAUCAAUUUCGACAGGGAACAAAUUUCUGAAGAUAUGAUGCAAGAUAUCAAUCCAUCAAUGCUGAGGACGCUUUCCUUACGUGAAGGUGAUAUCGUAAGAGUCAUGAAAUUUUUGGACAAUAAAUUUGGCAGGGAGAAUAAUAUGCAACUACCCGCUGUUACAGGUGGCUUAUUCUCCCAACCAGAUGGUUCUUUAAAGGCACCUGUUGAGACAACUAGCAACAAUCUUCAACAACAGUUAUUACCUCAAGCAACCGCUCCUGCUAUUGCCUCCGCCCAUGAAGAUGAUGCUUGGACAGCUAAGCCUGCGGCAAAGUCACAACCUAAUCUAGUCACGAAGAGUUCCGAAUUUACCGGAUCUAUGCAAGAUUUACUAGAUUUAGAGCCACUAGAGCCUAAGAAAAUGCAAGCUCCAGAACCUAAUUUAAAGGAUCUCGAACCCGUCAAAACCGGUACUCAGGCGACUCCUUCAUUAUCAUCUACUUUAACCGGUGGUAGAACUGUUGUCCCACUAGACCCUUUCAAAACUGGUGGAAAUAACAUCCUUCCAAUUGCUACUGGAUUUGUCAUGAUGCCAUUUGCCACUGGCGGUUUAAUGCCAAUGCAAAGGACUGGUGGCGUUCCACAAACGACUUUUGGUACACAAUUAACAGGUGGUAUUUUGCCAGUGCAAAAAACAAGCAACGGCUUAAUACCAAUAACAACUACUGGUGGGAUGAUGCCCCAAACGUCUUUUGGUACACAAUCUACGGGUAAUUUGAUGCCUCUUCAAAGAACAGGUGGUUUAUUGCCUAUUUCGACAACAGGAGGAAUGAAUAUAAUGCCUCAAACCAGUUUCAAUGUCCCACCUCCGGGUUCAGUAUUGCCUGUACAGAGGACAAGUAGUGGAUUAGCAGCUUCUAAUAUUACUGGUGGUGCACUACCAAUAAAUACUUUCCCUGGUACUAGCUUAACAGGAAAUAUGAACGGCAUUCCACAAACUAGUUUCAGCAACCAAUUGACAGGAGGAGCUAACAUGAUACCACAAACAACAUUCGUCAACCAGUUGACAGGCGGAGCAAAUAUGAUGCCUCAAACGAGCUUUUCGAACCAAUUAACCGGUGGGAUUGCAUCUAUGCCACAAACCAACUUUGGAAAUCAACUAACAAGUGCUUCAACUCUACCACCUCAGACUUCAUUUGGUGCAGCACAGACUCCUGGUAUAAUGCAACUGCAAGGAACUGGCGGUCCUGCUAUGAUGGCAACAUCAACGCUUACUGGUCAACAAAAUACAGGAUUCCAGCCACAGUCGCAAUUUGGAAUGAACCUACAAAGAACAGGUGGUGCAAUACCGUUACCGCAGAAUCAAUCCACUGGUAACGCUAUGCUACAACAACAACAACCAAAUCUCAAUAAUGGUGUCAAUACCAUAAAUCAAGGUUUGCAAAACACAUUCAUCUCACAACCCGUGCAGCAGCAAGCACUACAAAACCAACCAACUGGGUUUGGAUUCGGGAACGGCCCACAACAACAGGUUCCUGCACAAGCAAGACAAGCUAAUAUAUUGAAUGCAAGUGCUGACAAUCCAUUUGGAUUUUAA